AUGGAAACGAUCGGUAGAGGUUCGCCGGAAAAUUAUGUUUGGCCGGAGACGCUUACCACCGCUUUGGAAACCGAGAACAAAGAAAGAGCCCUAACAUUCAUGCGGCAAAUGAAUACAGCAGACGUGAAAGCGAAUUCAACUUCCGGUCGUUCAUCGUCAAAUUCAUCUGCUGCUGAUUUGAUAGAUUCUAGCCAAGAUCUUUUAACCGAAAUUUUUCUAAGGUUACCGGUGAUUACACUCAUUCGACUCACGUCCGUAUCAAAACAGUGGAACUUCUUUAUCAAAAGUCAUAGUUUCGGUCUCCUCCGAAACCCUCACCCCGAUCCCCCUUCCGGUCUCUUUUUUGAAGGUUGGGAUGCUCGGUCUAAAUAUCAUUACGUGCCACUGGAUUUCGGGAAUACGGUGAAUAGACCUCCAUUUACGACUCUCCGUUUUGACUCAGGUGCUAUAAAGAUUUUACAAUCUUGCAAUGGUUUACUCCUCUGCGUUAAUGAUUUUCAAAAGUAUUACAUAUACAAUCCAACCACCAAUCGAUUUACCACACUUCCGCCACUAAACAAUUUCAAUCCGGAUGGUUUUUGUUGUAUGACAUUAGCGUUUGAUCCUUCAAAAUCAUCUCAUUACAAGGUGGUAUGCAAUUACAUGUACAGAGUUAUGAUGAUUGAGAUUUACUCUUCCAAAUCAGGGAAGUGGAAGAUCUCAAAUGAACGUAUGGAUGAUUUAGUAGAUGUUGAUCGAGGUGUCUACGGACACAAUGCCAUUCAUUGGAUGAGUUUCCCAAAUCGGCUUGUCUAUUUGAAGUUAGACGAGGAGCUACUUCAUUAUAUCGAUAUAGAUACACCUGAUACCACCAUUUAUGGCACAAUUCUUGAUGAAUUCUUAACCGAAUCUCGUGAUGGCAUGCUUCUUGUUGUGCGUUGCUGUAGGUUUCGGAGAUUGAAUGUGUAUGAAAUUAACAAAGACUAUUCUGAAUGGUCCAUCAAGUAUCAUGUCGAUCUUGAAGAGGUUAUUAGGGUUUGUCCCAACAUGCUCACCCGUUUAGGGCUUCAUUUUGUGGUGCAAUCUCUUGUGUUAGGAGGAAGAGAAGAGGAUUCAUUCAUAGUACUGGAACUUCCUGGGAAGCUUAUACAAUACAAGUUUGUGUUAAACACCAUCUCUCAGCUCCGUGAUUUCACCACGGAGAGCCGCCGUUGUACUCAUGGUGGUUUCUUUCCAAAGACCAUCUUCCAGCUUUCGGAUUUUACGCCUGAGAAUCGACGUUUCAUCAAUGGCAGCUGUUUCCAUUUCAUUCCAUCUCUGGCUGCUGUCUAA